AAACCGAACGUAGAAUUUUUGUGCUCUUCGUCGUUGCUCGCAGGUGAUGGCCCUCGUGCACGGUGCUACGUGAUGUGAUGUCGCUCUUUGUGACACUCUCCUCCCUGUGCCAUGAGAACAACACAUUGGCAAAACCAUCGUGACACACCGGUUUGUCGGUGGUUGCUUUUUCGCUUGUCCUUGUCAGGCCGGUUACUUGUGCCUGCACCUCUCACUACACGCCCAUGUGCUGGCGUUCUAUUACAGCGAUGGCGGCAUUCACUUCGACGUCGCUCUUUUCGUGGUUCCGAUGGGAAAAAGCCAACUGAAGCAACAUGGAUCUUCCCCACUGGCCCACGUACGCAUCUUCGACAAGUCCGUCCCAAAAAUGGAGCCAGUUCUUGUUUUUUGUUUGUUUUUUUGUUGUUAACUCUUUUCUCUGUCCCACGUCGUUCGUUCUCGUCAUGAAGCCACGCAACUCGCUUUUGGCCAUUGUGGCUCUGCUGGCCCUCUUUGCGUCCAUGGGCAACGCCGACAACGCUUGCAACAUUUGCGACUGGAGUUGCGCUAAUGUCGCGCUGUGUGCCGACACCAUGACAACGGUGCCGACAACGUUUCCGCCAUACGACCCUGCUACCUACAGUGGCUAUGAUCCUAACGAUGGCUACCUAUCCUUGGCGUACACGAAAAUUACCACCAUCCCUGCCAACGCAUUCGCCUCAAUCGCCAACACUCUGACUCGCUUGGAUGUGUCGGGUAUGGCACUUGAAUCGAUCGACCCACAGGCGUUCGCUGGUUUGACACGUCUCCAAAGCCUAGCACUGGGGGGAAAUCCGCUUCUUUCAACCUUGCCAGCCAAUGUCUUUUCCGGUUUGACUGCACUGACCACGCUAGAUUUGUCGUACAGUUCGCUUUCAAACUUGCCCGUCAACUUCUUUACCGGUUUGAAUGCGCUAACCUGGCUCGCACUUUCGAGCGCCCCAAUCACAGCGCUGCCCAGCAAUGUAUUUGCUGGACUUGGCAACCUGCAGGAACUCUACCUUGAUAACACGCUUAUCACUGUCCUCGAUCAAAACGUGUUCGACCCCGUUCCUCUCUUGACAGCCCUGAAUCUUCAGGCCCCGAUCUCCGUAUUUCCCCGUUUGAGCCCUCUUUCUCAUCUGACGGCGUUGACUUUGGGCUCUCCUUCUCUCACGACCAUUCCGGAUUCUGCAUUGGCGACUUUGACCGCACUUAAGAGCUUCGGCGUGGCAUUUCCGUUGGCCAGCCUCACCGCCAGCAUGCUUGAGGGAGCUGCUCCCUCCCUCACAACCCUGGUUAUCAACGGCGCGAGCCCCCUCACAGCCGUCCCUGUCGAAGCCUUGGCGACACUUACUUCGUUGCAGGUCCUUUACUGGUCUCAACCUCAAUUCACCAGCAUCCCAGAUCAUGCCUUUAGCUCUCUUACCAACCUGCAGACGCUGGAUAUGAGCAACAGCCAGAUUACCUCCAUUUCACCCAGCGCUUUUCAAGGACUCUCUAGUUUGACAUAUCUGAAUCUCGCGCUCAACAACAAGCUGACCAGCUUUCCUGCCACGUUACUCCAGGGCACUCAACUGAAAUACCUCUUUGCCUACGGCAUGGGCAGCAACUUCCAACUUCCCCCUGGACUGUUCAAGACUCUAACUAUGACUUACGUCUUGGUUAACGGUCGUGUUGUGGAUGGCAUCACGAGAGAGCAGCCUAGCACCUAUUCCACCUCCCCUUACAAUUACGCUGCAUGCGAUGGCCAGUGCGACACUUGCUUUGCGGCUGGAAGUGCUUCGUGUUGCAUGGCAAAUUGCUUGUACUGCAACACAACCUCCACCUGCCAGUACUGCUACACUGGCUACACCAUGGUCGGUGGUGUCUGCGUGGAGGCACACACGAGCCUUUCCACGAUGUCUGCUGCUUCCGCGGCAACCGCAUCAGCCAUUUCCGCCGCUUCCGUCGUCGCCGCUUCGGCUGCUUCCGUCUCCCGUGCUUCCAUCGCGUCCGCGUCGAUUGUUUCCGCGUCCAGCGCUUCCGUCGUCGCCGCUUCGGUUGCUUCCGUCGUCGUCGCUUCGGUUGCUUCCGUCUCCAGUGCUUCCAUCGCGUCCAGCGCUUCCGUCGUCGCCGCUUCGGUUGCUUCCGUCUCCAGUGCUUCCAUCGCGUCCGCAUCGAUUGUUUCCGCGUCCAGCGCUUCCGUCGUCGCCGCUUCGCUUGACGCUCUGAGUGAGGCUACAAACAGUGGCAACACGUCGACGGUGACCAUCGGGAUUGCCGUUGGCUGUGCCGUUGGUGGUCUGGUUUUGAUUGCCCUGGUCGUUUUGCUGUUGGUCAAGCAACAACGCUCCCCCAAGAAACCGGUUGAAGCGCCUGCUCACCAGCGCUCGCACUCUAGCCAAGCCAUUGAGCAGAUCCUGUACUCGUCCAUUGACGAAUUCAAGUUCGGCGAUGAAAAGCCGCUUGCUCGACAGUCGUUUGUCGACAAUACCUACGCCGCUGCUGUGAAUUUGAACUGGAACAACCCCAUGUAUGACCAGCUCAACGCGACCGUGGAGCCUGUGUACCAGAACGCCUCCGUGUAUGUCAGCGAAGCGCCAGUGUACGAAAACUCGGAUGUUGCCAAGCAGUAGACCGCGUGCCAGACCAGUCACAACAACAAAAGGCCAGGCCUUUUGUUUCAAGAGUUUCACAGGGCUACGAGCCCUUCAAGAGUUUUCAGAGUUCAGAGUUUUCAAAGAGUUUUCAAAAUGUUCAACAGUGUUCAAAAAGUGUUAUUACAGUUCAAGAGUUUUCACA